AAACCAGCUGAUUCUCCUCAAUCCAAACUCUCCAACGAACCGUGCAUAUAUACGGGGUUGAGACUUCAUGUUUUCUUGGUCUCUCCUCUCACCUAAUUUUUUUUUAACACCUUUCCGAUCAAAUCAAACGUUCGAAAAUGACGAAUUUCGAAAUUCUAAUCGGUUGUGCUUGUGUGCUACUUCACAGCAUCGUAGUACCAUCUAGUGGAGCAAAAUUGCCUGAAGACUGGACAAGGUGCAGAAUCAACGAACCCGAUUCCAACGAAUGCCUGAAGAAGGCAGUGGAAGAAGCCAUCCACAAACUGAUAAACCCAGCGCCAGAGGUUGGCCUCACCUCCCUCGACCCCCUACUGAUUCCGGCCCUGACCAUCGGGGCAGGAUCGGGCCCAGUCAACGUGGCCCAGAACUUCAAAAACAUCAAGUUGCACGGUCUAACUGGCUCCAUCGUACUGAAUGCCACGUUCGACCAGGAGAACACGCGACUGUUGGCGGAGUCCAUAACGCCGGUCCUGAGACUCGAGGCUGACUACAGCAUGAAUGGUAGAAUUCUUCUUCUUCCCAUUCAAGGGAAUGGACCUUGCAACGUCACACUCAUAAACACCCACAUAAACCACACCCUCCAGGGUGAGAAGGUACAGAAGAAGGGCAAGGAGUACAUCAGGAUUGUGAGCUACAACGUGACCCUCUACCCCGACAAGGUGGAGUUCAAGUUCGACAACCUCUUCAAUGGCGACGAGAGAUUAGGCGCGGAGAUCAAUAGAGUGCUGAACGAGAACCAAGAUGCUGUAUUUGGUGAUGUUAGGGGAGGUUACGAGCAGAGCUUCGGCCUCAUUUUCCAAGGCUUGGCCAACAGGCUGUUCAACAGGGUGGCGUUGAAAGACGUGUUUCUUAAUUUAUCCUCUUCAUUUUUCAAGAGAUGUAGGGCUAGCGAUAAGGUCUGUCUUAAGGAUGCGAUAGAAGAUGGUAUCAGGAAGUUAGAAAAAGGUUUGCCUUCAUUUGGAUUGGUACCACUAGAUCCUUUGGUAAUUCCAGAGAUGGCAAUACAAGCCGGAUCCAUUGUUAAUGUACAACAACAUUACAGGAAUGUUACUGUAACAGGAACGAAGGAUAUUACAUUAUCUGACGCUUACAUCGAUUUGAAUAAAGGAGUUUUGUUCAUUGCCAUGUCCUACCCUGCCUUCCAAUUGGACGCAGACUACAAUAUGACAGGCAGGGUUUUGGUACUUCCGGUGGUUGGUCAAGGAAAAUGCAGGAUAAAUUUAGACAAACCAAGGCCUACCUACAAAGCCAAAUUCGACAUAUUCCAAAGAAAGGGUAAAAGAUACGGAAGAAUUACCAGUCAAGAGUACCAUGUAAACGCCGGUUUCGCCAGGUACUACUUCGAGAACAUCUUCAAAGGCGACAAGAGGCUUGGUGAAGAGAUCAACAAAGUGUUGAACGACAACUGGAAAGAAAUCUACGAUGAACUCGUGCCAAGCUAUGAAGCAGCUAUUGGUUCUUGGUUGAGCAGUAUAGCCAAUAGGUUCUUCGCGAGGGUACCCAUCAAUGAGAUCUUCUUGCCUGAGGAAUGA